GCGGGGACGGCACCUUCACUCUUGCUGCCGGGCCAUGGGAGUCUGAGAGCCGCUGGUCCUCGCCUCGCUGCCAACAGCCACCAUGGGCUGCUGCUGCAGCUCGGACUACGACGAGGACUGGAUCGAGAACAUCGACAUUUGUGAGCACUGCAACUACCCCAUCGAGCCCACCAGCAAGCGCCAGAGGCUGAUCCGCAGCGGCUCCGAGGUGCAAGAUCCCCUGGUGUCCUACGAGGCCACGUCUCCGCCGUGCUCCCCCCUACAAGAUAAGCUGGUGGUGGCCCUGUACAACUACGAGCCCAAGCAUGACGGGGACCUGGGGCUGCAGAAGGGCGAGAAGCUUCGCAUCCUGGAAGAGAGCGGGGAGUGGUGGAAGGCGCAGUCGCUCACCACUGGCCAGGAGGGUUUGAUCCCUUACAACUUCGUGGCCAUGGUGAACAGCCUGGAGCCUGAACCGUGGUUCUUCAAAAACAUCAGCCGCAAGGAUGCGGAGCGGCAGCUCCUGGCGUCGGGCAACACGCACGGCUCCUUCCUUAUCCGGGAGAGCGAGACCUCCAAAGGCUCCUACUCGCUGUCGGUGAGGGACUUUGACCAGAACCAGGGUGAGACGGUGAAGCACUACAAGAUCCGCAACAUGGACAACGGGGGGUACUACAUCUCCCCCCGCGUCACCUUCAGUAGCUUGCACGAGCUGGUGGAGUAUUACACACGCAGCUCUGACGGGCUGUGCACCCGCCUCGGCAAGCCCUGCCGGACCCAGAAACCGCAGAAGCCGUGGUGGCAGGAUGAGUGGGAGGUGCCACGGGAGUCGCUGAAGCUGGUGGAGAAGCUGGGAGCUGGGCAGUUUGGAGAAGUCUGGAUGGGCUUCUACAACGGCCACACUAAGGUGGCCAUCAAAAACCUGAAGCAGGGCAGCAUGUCGCCCAGCGCCUUCCUGGCAGAGGCCAACCUCAUGAAGAACCUGCAGCACCCGCGGCUGGUGCGGCUCUACGCCGUGGUGACGAAGGAGCCCAUCUACAUCAUCACGGAGUACAUGGAGAAGGGGAGCCUCGUGGACUUCCUCAAGACCUCGGAAGGAGUCAAGCUCAGCAUCAACAAACUGCUGGACAUGGCCGCACAGAUUGCCGAAGGCAUGGCCUUCAUCGAGGCCAAGAACUACAUCCACCGCGACCUGCGGGCCGCCAACAUCCUCGUGUCGGACACCUUGUGCUGCAAAAUCGCUGACUUCGGGCUGGCCCGUCUCAUCGAGGACAACGAGUACACGGCUCGCGAGGGGGCUAAAUUCCCCAUUAAGUGGACGGCACCGGAGGCUAUUAAUUACGGGACGUUCACGAUCAAGUCCGAUGUCUGGUCGUUCGGCAUCCUGCUCACGGAGAUCGUCACCUACGGCCGGAUCCCGUAUCCAGGGAUGACCAACCCCGAGGUGAUACAGAACCUGGAGCGCGGUUACCGCAUGCCGCAGCCGGACAACUGCCCGCAGGAACUGUACGAACUGAUGAUGCAGUGCUGGAAGGAGAGGCCCGAGGAACGUCCCACCUUCGACUACAUGAAGAGCGUGCUGGAGGAUUUCUUCACCGCCACCGAGGGCCAGUACCAGCAGCAGCCGUGAGGACCCCAGCAGCGGCUGGGGGCACCCUUGCGUUGGGGUGCCUGGGGGUGCUCCCCCCCUUGCCCCAGCUCCUCGCAAGACUCCGUAGACAUCGCCUCGGGGCCUUGGCGAACGCUGCCUGAGCCUCAGCAGUAAAGAUCUGAAGCGCUUCAAAUCUUUGGGAGCAGCGGAUUUCACCCUCCCCCCCCGCAGAAGGCGAUGGAUGGCCGAAGCCAAGUGACUCCAAAGAGUGGAGGGCUGGGGGGUGGGUGUGUGUGUGUGGGGGGGCUGUGUGGGGCCCAGUGGGUGCCCACCACGCUGUCCCUGGGUGCAAAUCCAGCCGCCAGCCCCACACGAAGCUGCUCAGGGGCCGCGCCAGCCCCCUCACCCUCCUCUGCCAGGGCCUCGCCUCCUCCUUCACCCCCAGGGACAGCCGGGACCCCCCAACAAGCAAUGGCCGCCGCAGCCCCCGGCUGUGGGGUGCUCUUUCUCCCCCCCCAUGGUGUUUGCAGGCUCUCGCCGUCGCGUUUUGGGGGGGGAAUAAAGGCUUUUUGCACCGGCGGCGGCCACAGGGCCUCGCUGAGGGUCAAGCUGAUGGGUCAAGCGGGGUGAUGCCCUCAGGGGAUGGACCCUGCUCACACCAACCCCACCCAGGGGUGCUGCUGGGGGGUCCGAGGCCCCUCUCACACCGAGCCCGGCUGUGUGACCCCCGACACGACCCCGCUCUCACUCAUCGCGGGUGGGACAAGCCGGGGUCUGGGCGCUGCUGGAGGUCUCCACCGUGUCCCCCCGCCCCCGGGAUGGUUCAGCACCACCUGGCGUUUCCCCCCCACACCCCCACCUCCGCGAAUGGUUCCGCCCCGCCCACCUGGACCCUUCUCCUCGUUUGCCCCCCCCUCCCCCUCGCGCGCCCCAGCGAUGGUGCAGCCCGAGCGGCCCCGCCCCCCGCAGCCGUGGUGGUACAACCCAGACACCCCGCCGCUCCGCCUAGCCUGCUAGCUCCCCCGCGCCCGCUCUCUCCCGCCGCCGCGAUUUUCUAUUGGUCGGCGGGCGGGAGGGGGCGGAGAGCCCCUCCCCGAUAGGCUGGGGGCCGCGCGGGGGGGCGGGGCAGGU